AUCAUGGUCCUCGCCCCUCAAAGCCCAGCCAAGGAGACCUGGGAGUCAUCUGUGAGUCUGUCCUGCGUCCUCCCUUCGUCGCCGUGUCACACUCUGACCAUCACGUCUUCACGACACCCCUGUGUGUCUCUGGGCACUGAGUCACCCUGAGAUGAGGCAGCCUGGCUGUGCUGCAGUGCUUUCCUGCUGGGCCCUGUCGGUGCGCAGAUGGCUUGGGACAGGGAGCAGGUUCUGUGUGCCUCUGCCCGGUCGCUGCACAGACGGUGGCCUCAGACAGGCCAAGUACCUGGCCCAGAUCAUUGUGAUGGGGGUGCAGGUGGUGGGCAGGGCCUUCGCCCGGGCCUUGCGGCAGGAGUUUGCAGCCAGCCGGGCAGCAGCCAACGCCCGGGGACGCGCCGGACAUCAGUCUGCGGCUGCUUCCAGCCUCUCUGGCCUCAGCCUCCAGGAGGCCCAACAGAUUCUCAACGUCUCCAAGCUGAGCCCUGAGGAGAUCCAGAAGAACUAUGAACACUUGUUUAAGGUGAAUGACAAGUCCGUGGGGGGCUCCUUCUACCUGCAGUCCAAGGUGGUCCGUGCAAAGGAGCGCCUGGAUGAGGAACUCAGAAUCCAGGCCCAGGAAGACAGAGAAAAAGGGCAGGCACCCAAAACGUGACAGCUUGACGCCUCCCUUCCCCCCACUGCCUCUAAUUUAUAGCUUGAUAAUAAAUGUCUCUUCUGCCUUU